AUGGACAAUAAACGGAGUUUACUUCAAAAUCUUGGGGAAUUAGAAGUUUAUUUAUUACUACAAAAUGCUAAAUUGUUACAAUAUUUUGAUGCAUUCAUAAAUCAUGGUGGUGAUGAUAUACAACAAUUAAUUGAUUCAUUAAAAGAUUCUAAUGAAUUUGAUCAACUUAUUAAAAUUGUUGGAAUGGAUAAUAAACCAUUACAUGUUCAAAGAUUAAAAAAAGCACUUAUUCAAUAUUCUCUACAAAAUAAUACACCAUUGAAUCAUCAAUAUAUAACUAAAGAAUUUCAAUCAAACAGUAAUAAUAAUAAUAAUAAUAAUAAUAAUAAUAAUAAUAUAUAUACUACACAAGAAGGAUCAAGUUUGAAUAUUACUGAUAAUAAUAAUAGUAGUAGUAUGUUUACAAACUCUAAUUGGUGUUCAUUUCUACCUUCCAUUUAUUCCGGAUUAAAUCUAAUUCCAAAUCAAUCAUCAUUAAUGAAUUCAUUGCCUUCAACACAAUGUAUUCUAUCAAAUUAUUCACAACAGCUAAAUCCUUUAUUUAAUCAAUGGGCAAUAUUGAAUAAUCCACAAAAUUAUUCAAUGUUGCAAUCAUUAGCUAUGGGUAUUUCUGAUCAGCAACAUUUAAUGACACCAGCAAAAUGUAUGAAUAGAAGUGAGAAUAGUUUUGAAUUAUCUAAUUAUACUCAUUCACUGGAACAAUCGAUUACAUCAAAGAACUCUCAACAACAAGAAGAAAACAUUCAAGAUAUUAAUGAGACAAGUCAAUCAAAAACACAAAAUAAUUUAUUGAAUAGUCCUACUUUAUCAAGAAAUAAUUCACCAUAUUCAUUACAAUUAUCACAACCUCCAAUUUUACAUCCAUCACCUUUGAUAUCAAGUAAUGAGGAAAUCAAUUUAACAGAAACAAUAACAAAUUCACAAAUUCAUAGACCAAAACUUAUUAUAAACGAAAAUUUCACUGAAGAUCCAUUGAAAGUACGUCCAAGUGCAACUUUAAUGAAAUCAGAUUAUUUAAAAUUGGAAAUUGCUAUCACUGCAUUAUUACCAUAUUUACCAAAAUUUCAAAUUAGAAAAUCGAACAAUUCACGAAAUACAAAUGAACAAGAAAUACAAGAGAUUUUAAAACUACCAGAAAACGAUAAAAAUCGUCUAAAUGGAUUAAGAAAACAUUCAUUAAUAUUUGGACGAACAGAUUCAGUUAAACGUUUAACUAGACCAUUAAGACAUUUUGAAAUAACAAUUAAUGAAAUAACAUUUCGUUUGGUACAACAAAUUCCUGAAUUGAUUACACAACGAGAACAUUUAUUUCAUAUUGCACGUCAAAUAGUUAAUACUAUGAAUUAUGGUUUAAGUGUAAAUCAAACUGGUCAGGUUACUUGGAAAAUGUUAAAGGAAGAAAUAUCGAAAAAAUCCAUAAGUGAUUACAAAUUGUCAAACUCAGAUGAUGAGUGUAUAUUUGAAGCAAAUGAAGCAGAUUAUUCAAAUGAGACAUUAAUCCAAAUACUUCUUCAACUGAAAUUAGAAAUGCAAGAUAUUGUAAAUAGAGAAGUUAUAUUACGUAAUAAAGUUCGUUGUUCCAAUAAAGAUUUACCAUCAACAAGACAAACAAGUAAUGUACGUGGUGAUUUAGAUAAACUUGUAAAUCAAUUACAUAAAUGUAUCACUAGAACAGUUAAAUAUAUUAUACUACUUAAAAGUGCUGAAAACCGAGAAUCAGAAAGCAAUGAGCCACAUAUACACUGCUCAUCACCUGCUAAGAACAAUAUUGAUAGAAAUAAUAUGAUAUCUGAAAAAUAA